CUCCAUCCAACAUGCGACCCAUCCCAUCCAGACUCAGCUAUCUGUUUCUACACUUAUUUGCAUUUUGCUACUAUGCUCAGGUAACCAAUCAGUCCCCGCCUAAUUUCACGCAGCACGUAAGCGAGCAGAGCAAAGUGACGGACGUCAAGAGCCACAGGUUGAUCCGGAUCUACCAGCUGUACAGCCGAACCAGCGGCAAGCACGUCCAGGUCCUGCCCAACAAGAAGAUCAACGCCAUGGCCGAGGACGGAGACGUGCACGCUAAACUUGUGGUCGAGACGGACACCUUUGGGAGCCGAGUCCGUAUUAAAGGAGCUGAGACGGGCUUCUACAUCUGCAUGAACAAGAGGGGGAAGCUCAUCGGCAAGAAAAACGGACAAGGCCGCGACUGUAUCUUCACUGAGAUUGUUCUGGAGAACAACUACACAGCGCUGAGGAACGCCCGCUACGAGGGCUGGUACAUGGCCUUCACCCGCCGCGGGCGGCCACGAAAAGGCUCCCGGACGCGCCAGCACCAGCGCGAAGUCCAUUUCAUGAAGAGGUUGCCGAAGGGGCAGCAGCCCGCCCACCCGAGCCACCACCGGCCUUUCGACUUCAUCCACUACCCCUUCAAUCAAAGGACUAAACGCACACGGUACUCGUCACAGCGCUGA